UCAGCCUGGGCUUCUGCCCACCACAGCCCUACCGAGAGCCAGAACCCUCUGUGGCCGAACCUCCUUCCUGCUCCCUGGCUCUGGACAUGAGCCUUCGGGACUCUAGCUAUGGCGUGGCCCCAGGACCCUGUGUGGUGGCCCAGCUGCCCUCUGAAGACAUGAGCCGCCUGACGGAUGCCCAAAGCAGAGACCAAGGCUUCCUGCGCACCAAGAUGAAGGUGACCGCAGGGGAUAGUCCCAGUGGAGACCUCUUCAUCUGCCACAUCUGUCAGAAGACCUUCACCUACCAGCGCAUGCUGAACCGCCACAUGAAGUGUCACAACGACGUCAAGAGGCACCUCUGCACAUACUGCGGGAAGGGCUUCAAUGACACUUUUGACCUCAAAAGACACGUCCGGACCCACACAGGCGUGCGGCCCUACAAGUGUAGUCUGUGCGACAAGGCCUUUACCCAGCGCUGCUCCCUGGAGUCUCACCUCAAGAAGAUCCAUGGUGUGCAGCAGAAAUAUGCGUACAAGGAGCGCCGGGCCAAGCUGUACGUGUGCGAGGAGUGCGGCUGCACGUCCGAGAGCCAGGAAGGCCAUGUCCUGCACCUGAAGGAGCACCACCCCGACAGCCCACUGCUGCGCAAGACCUCCAAGAAGGUGGCCGUGGCCCUGCAGAACACUGUCACUUCCCUGCUCCAGGGCAGCCCCCACCUCUGAGUGGCACAGCCCAGGGGUGCUUUUGGAGGCCCUGAGAGGGUCAGGUCCAUCACACUGCUGCCCAACCAGGCCGCCCUCCUCCAGACUUUUGCCAGAACACCUCUGAUCAGGACUGGAGCCCCCUGCGCCUUAGUCUCCCCCUCCCCCAUGGGCCCAUGCACUCCUGAGGGCCUGGCUCUGCCCUCUGCUCAUUUCUGUACAUUUAUCUUAGGGACAGAGGCUGCUCUGGACACAGGAAGAUGUGCAUGGGUCUGGACAGGGGCAGGGCCAAGUUUUUUGAAGCAGCCACCUGCAUAAACAAGUUCCUCUGGCAGCAGCACUUCUUCUGGGGGAUGCAGCAAGAGAGGGUCCCAUUGCCCUGGUCCCUGAGCAUGGGGUAGCGGUUUUGGGUCCCCAGGGACAACAGAGUCAAGAGCACUGACAAAGAGCACCCCUGCAAACAACCACAGUGGGGGAGCUGGCGGCGGCCCCCACCUGCAGGGCUGGGGAAGUGGACUCUGCCCUCCCGACAGAGGCACGCGUGGGCACAGCUGUGUACGUGUAGGUGCACACGCAUGGCUGUGUAGCACUGCUGUGUGUGCUGGCAAUGUGUGCAGCAGGUGUGUGCGUGGGUGCACACAGGAGGCCUUUCCACAUAUCACCUCAUUUUUGAGAAAUCAACCAUAAGGUGCCAAGAAGAUUUCCUUUCCUUUUUUUUUUAAGAUGACAAAUGUACAGAUAUUAAUAUAUAUUUUGGUGCCCAUGGCUACUGUUUUUAAGAGAGGGGUGGAGCUGGCUUUUCUCCACUCCCUGUGGUUCUAUUUAUCCUGGACAUUUCAAACCUUUUCUGUGCCUUGGUCUGGGGCUAACUGCCUGACCCACCUCCGUUCUUAGAGCUAUUUAACGAAACAAAGACCUUCCAUGAGGCCCACCCUGAGGGUGGCUUGCUCCUUCUGUCCCUCCCCUUCUGCUGGACAGCGCCUCACUACUGCUGCCCCUCCCUCUCCCUCCUUGGCAAGCCCAGCUUUCCUGGAGAGCCCGGGUGCUCCUGGGAGGCUGCAGAGGUCUGACAGUGCGAUGCCGGGUCUCUGACAUCAAGUCUACUGCCUGGAGUACUACGGCAAGCACAGAGCCAGGCCGAACGCCAGCCCUUUGCCUGGGUUAGUCAAAAAUGUAACAUGGCAGCAAACUACUGGGAUAGAAUCAUAACACAUCAGAAACUUCCAGAGGGAGGAGAGUAUUAGAUGGUGAACACAUUUUCUUUGUAGCCUUUUUUCUGUUUUCCCAGUGGCCAGGCUGAGGGUUUGAGUGCCUGUGCAGAAGGGCGUCGCCGGGCCAAUUGGAUUCUCUGAGGGAGUGGGCAGGUUCCCUUGUGUGGCUGGGCUUCCUGUGAGAACAGUAAAGGGUUUGAGUGCGAAGGCAGGUUUGUGUCUUGUGGGUCAGAGGAGAUACAGUCAUCCUGCCGGAAAACACGACUCAAGACAGUCAUGGAACACGGCAGACCGGGCAGUCCCUGGAAACCAAACUCCUGCCCAGACGGCCCGGAUCUGCACAGACCUGGCCCAGGCCCCAGGUCUGGGAUGACCAGAGAGGAAGGAAACUUCUUGCACUGUCUCCAAACUGUGUGUAGAAUAACUAUGAGGACUUGUUUCAUUAGUGUGUCUGGGGAGCUGCUAUAUUCCGGAAGUGCUAGAGUAUAAAAUGCUGUUAUCCUGAAGCUCUGUUUAUGUUUACAUCCAUGUAUCCCUGGCUUCACUGCCGAUCUGAGGCAGUUGUGAGGCUAUGUGUUGUCUCUUAUUUUAUAGCCUUCCCUCUAACUAGUAAAAUUAGAGAACUAACA